GUAAUGGACGAGGCAACCCUUAGUUGGUCAACACGAAUAAAAGGCUUCGCAAUAUGUUUCAUUGUUGGAAUUCUCCUUUCCUUCCUUGGAUCAUUUGCACUUUUUCUCCACAAAGGACUUAAAGUUUUCGCCGUAUUUUAUACAUUAGGAAACAUAGUCUCCUUAGCAAGCACGUGUUUCCUCAUGGGACCAGUCAAUCAGUUAAAAAAAAUGUUUGCUGCAACCAGAAUUAUUGCAACAGUUCUAGUUUUUAUGUCCAUUACAAUGACUUUGUACGCUGCAAUUGGAUUGGAAAAGGCCGGUCUCGCUCUUUUUUUCAUCAUAAUUCAGUCCUUAGCAAUGACAUGGUACUCACUAUCUUAUAUUCCCUACGCAAGAGACGCUGUGAAGAAAGCUGUGGAGUCAUGCAUAUCGUAGACAUACGGAGGGCUGGAGAACCAAUGAAAAACCAAUUAUUUAGAUUGAUUUUUAUGAUUUUUUAUAUAAGACAAUAACUAUUAUUAAAACUAUUGAUAAUAUCUGUUGAUAGCAUUCAUCUGAACAUUAGGAAUCGUUUGUUACAUUUAUAUCUUUGAUGGAACUCAUUAUAGUAUGUUUAUAUUCAUACAAUUCUGUGUAUCAUGAACAUACAACUAUCGUUAGUAUUAUAAGGCAGUAAAAAGAGGCACAAUAUCAUCAUUUGAUAUAUUAUAUUUUUUUCUGCACAUUGGGCAAGUUACAUAUAUUUUAAAAGAAUCAUUUACGAUGUUGAAAAAGUAGAACUAAAACUGGAAAAUUCUGUAAUCUGUGCCUUACGUCACCACUUAGACUGUGAAUGCAAGCGAUGAAAAUUCAUUUCAUCAUUAGCAUCGAAUUACGAGCAUAAAUGAUACCUAUUAAUGUAUAUUCGAGUCAGGUAUUUAUCACAACAGUUUUACAUCACUGUAGUAUUAACUAAUUCAGAAAAUAUAAUUAUUUAGUUACUUUCUAUCAAUAUUUGAAUACUUAGAUUUUCUUUGAAAGGCAUUAGUAAUGAGAAGAAUCAUUAUUUUUAUAAAUAAGGAUGAUGGGGAAUGAAAUAAAUGAGAAUGAUUGCUCCAUUUAAGAAAACA